CUGUCACAGAUUUGUUCUCCGGUCAGCUGCGCAGUUCCUUACACUGUUCAGUCUGCUCCCAUUACUCCAACACCUUUGAUGUGUUUUCCCCAUCCCAAAGAAGAGUGAUUAUGGACGAACUGUCACACUGAGAGAGUGUCUAGACCUCUUUUCACAAGAGGAAAAACUUGAUAAAGAAAACUCACCGGUGAGUGAAAAGCAUUGCUUGCAUUUAAAAUGGGAACUUCUGCUGAUACCCACGGAUGUGUAUGUUUCUUAGAUGUGUGAGCGGUGUAACCGUCGCACUGAGAGCACAAAAAGACUGACCAUCCAAAGGUUCUCUAGAAUCCUCGUAAUGCACUUAAAUCGAUUUACCAUGUCAAGGUACUCCAUCUCAAAGAGCACAGUGCCAGUUUCCUUCCCCCUAAAUGGGCUGGAUUUAGGGCCAUUUGGACCUGUUGACUGCGGUCCAGUGCUGUACGAUCUUUAUGCAGUAUGCAAUCAUUCUGGCACAGUAAAUAUGGGACACUACACGGCUGCAUGUCGGGGGGAGGAGGGCUGGUGCUACUAUAAUGACUCAUGUGUUGCUGAAAUAACAGAGGAGAAGCUUCAGUCCAAUCAGGCAUAUGUUCUCUUCUAUGAGCUCAAAAGCCUCAAUGUCACCAGAAAAUGAGGGCAGAGAAUGUAUUUUGUUAUGAGAGACUUCAGUGAUUAUUUGGCAAAUUUCAGAUACCACAGAAAAAAGUUGCACUGUGAUGUUGGGAGAAAGUGAAUGAGCUUGAAAACUGGUCAUUUUACAUAAUUGUUAAAUUUCAUUGUAAAUUCAUGCUACUGAGGUAUUUUUGCUACACUAAACAAUGUGAUUUAUUAACUU